AGGGUGUGACAUUGACAAUGUUUGUGACCUUGUUCAACCUCUGUUUAAUAAGCGUAGGAUAAAAAAAAAAUCCUCAUGCCCCAGUUGAUAACCCGGGAUAAACACAGUUUAUGCAGUGUAGGCCUAAUGGAUACCAUCAUUCCAAUUAAGCCUGUCAAAAUAAAAUUGCAAUAUUUAAUCAGUUUUCAACGAAUCUGUAGCAGCAAUUAUUGAGCAGUCCAGUCCGUUAUGCAGUCUAUCCCUAGAAGGAAGCGUCUGAACUGUUGCCUGGCAGAACACUGUAUUGAGAUUACCGCUUUUGGCAGUGUUGAAUGCCAAUUGCCAAAUCAACAAAAGGGGCUCCCAACAGGUGUCAAGGAAAACGACCAUGUAAGGUUAAUUAAAAAGGUGCAUUAUCACACGUACACUAUAUGAUUUUAAUGGAGAAUAUCGUAACAGUUCUUCAUAUUUAGGUUGAUAUUAUAGGGAGGAGUGUUCCUUAAGGCAGGUCCCUAAYCUAUCGAAGCAUUUGAGAACAACUAAAACAAAAUCAUAAUUCCCAUAAUUCCCAAACAGGCUGGUGGUGAAUCCAAAGCAAUGCAGGGUGCCCCACAGCGAAGUUCCCGACUCAUUAUGUAACUCCUGCUAUCAUAAAUACAGACCUUAACUGGAACUUCCACAGUUUAUGUCAAGGAAAAGGGCAGAGUCAGAUACACGGACGCAGCAAUCCAUCCUAUUGGCAGUCAGAACAUAAUAGGACUUGCAGGCAUCUCAUAACGACGCGAAAUGGACUUCGAUCUGCCACCCACUUUUCCAGCCAGCGGUAUAGCAUGGGAGAGGGUCCUGCCGCCUCUUCUUCCCGGGCUCAACGGGACAUUCGGGCUGUACUCAUUCACUCCGUCGGAGCUGCUCACCCCAGUGACGGAGCACACUGGCUCUGCACAGGUGUGUUGUGACCACAGUCGAUUCACAGUUCAGGUUGAUGUAAAACACUUCAACCCAGAGGAGUUGAUGGUCAAGGUGACAGGAGACUUUGUGGAGGUCCAAGGGAAACACAAAGAGAAAAAAGAUGGGUCGGGGCUGGUGACGCGACAGUUUAACCGGCGCUACAGGAUUCCAGAGGGAGUGGACUCCAUGGCUCUGGAGUCGGCUGUGUCGCCUGAAGGCAUCCUCAUCAUAUCUGCCCCUAUGCUGCAGGGGGAGAACUCCACACACCGGUCCCACUCAGAACCAUGAGCAUACACGCCCUAGGAACAAACACACACAAUCCAUAGGAACCAGUGUUGGGGAGUAGUAAACUACAUGUAGUUCAACUAGUAAUUUAACUACAUUUUGCAGUAGCUUGGUGGCAGUUCAAAUCUUGGUAGUAUUUAGUAGUUAGCUACAC